UGCCCCCCGCGGGCCCGCCCCCCGCCCGCUCCCACCUGCGCCGCGCCCGCCCCUUCCCGCUGCCCACGGGCGAUCCGCCGGGCGCGCCUCGUCCCCCGGGCCGCCGACCCCCGGCCCCGGGCUCUCCCCCCCUCUCCUCCUCCUCCUCCUCCUUCUCCUUCUCCUCCUUCUCCUCCUUCUCCUCUCCCCUUCCCCUCUCCCUCCCCCUUCCUGGCCGGGCUGCGCCCCCCCGGCCGGCCCCGGCAUGAGCAUCUCCAUCCCGGCGGGGCUGACGGAGCUGCUGCAGGGCUUCACGGUAGAGGUGCUGCGGAGCCAGCCCGGGGACCUGCUGGAGUUCGCCCUCCAGUACUUCGGGCGCCUCAAGGAGGAGGCGGCGACGGCCAAGGCGGCGGCGGAGAAGGAGCCGAGCGGCCGCAGAGCGGGUACCGGCCAUGACAGGGGCACCCAGCCGCCGCGCCGGGGCCCCCCCGACGCCCGCGGGGUCAACUUCGCCGAGGAGCCCAUGCAGACCGACUCCGAGAGCGGCGAGGACGAGCAGCCGCCGCCGCCGCCGCCGCCGCAGCAGUUCCCGGCUCCAGCAGUAAACAGAUUCACCAGACGUGCAUCAGUGUGUGCAGAAGCUUACAAUCCUGAUGAGGAAGAGGACGAUGCAGAAUCUAGGAUUAUUCACCCCAAAACAGAUGAUCAAAGAAACAGACUGCAGGAGGCGUGCAAGGACAUCCUUCUUUUUAAGAACCUAGACCCGGAACAGAUGUCUCAGGUGUUAGAUGCAAUGUUUGAAAAGAUGGUUGAAGGAGGGGAACAUGUAAUUGAUCAAGGGGAUGAUGGUGACAACUUCUACGUCAUUGACAGAGGUACAUAUGAUAUUUAUGUAAAAUGUGAUGGUGUUGGAAGGUGUGUUGGAACCUAUGAUAACCGAGGAUGUUUUGGUGAGUUGGCCUUAAUGUACAAUACACCCAGAGCAGCUACAAUUAUAGCUACCUCUCCUGGUUCCAUCUGGGGUUUGGAUAGGGUAACAUUCCGGAGAAUCAUUGUAAAAAAUAAUGCCAAAAAGAGAAGAAUGUAUGAAAGUUUCAUUGAGUCAUUGCCAUUCCUUAAAUCUUUAGAAGUAUCUGAGCGUUUAAAAGUGGUUGAUGUGAUUGGUACCAAAGUGUACAAAGAUGGAGAACAAAUCAUUGCUCAGGGUGACUUGGCUGAUUCUUUCUUUAUUGUGGAAUCUGGAGAAGUAAGGAUUAUAAUGACAAGGAAGGGUAAACAAGAUCUAGAAGAGAAUGGAGCAGUAGAAAUAGCUCGAUGCUCAAGAGGACAGUAUUUUGGAGAACUUGCUCUUGUAACUAACAAACCCCGAGCUGCUUCUGCAUUUGCUCUUGGCACUGUCAAAUGUUUAGUUAUGGAUGUGCAGGCAUUUGAAAGGCUUUUGGGACCUUGUAUGGAAAUUCUGAAAAGGAACAUUGCAAACUAUGAAGAACAGCUAGUUGCUCUGUUUGGAACAAACAUGGACAUUGCUGACACCACUGCAUGAACUGAACAUUGGAGCAACAAGAUCUGUUAUGAGAAUAUAGCACAGUAGUGGUUAGUCCACUGAGAAAUUGUCUCUCUUCCUAUAGAUGCCAAGCAUUUUCUGUGAUUUUAAGAAUGGGAUUGGGGUUUUUUGGUUUGGUUUGCUUUUGGUUGGGUGGUUUUUGUUUGUUUUGUUGUUCUUUUUUUU